UAUCCUGCUGUGAAUAUAAUUCUUGAGCGUCUCGAAUUCUUGCGUUAAGUUCAGUACAAUCAGUAGUGACGCCAGUCACGCCACAGUUGUGUCAUACUCCUCAGUCAGCCUCAGCAAUUCUCAGUUUCUCACUGCAGUUCCAGAAGUUUCUGUCAACGAGAUGACGCACCAAGACAAUGACAAGCACGUUACUGUAGUGAGAAAUGCAACUGACUUACAGCGACUGAAAUUAGAAAAAUUAAUGAAAAAUCCAGAAAAGCCUGCCUUCAUUCCUGAUCGUCCAAAAGACAAGAGAUUUUCAGAUCCAGCUGAAUUUGUACGGAAUGUCAUGGGAUCAAGUGCAGGUGCUGGCAGUGGUGAAUUUCAUGUCUAUAGACACAUAAGACGAAGGGAAUAUGCUCGUCAGGAAUUCCUACAGAAUUGUAAAGAAAAGUACAGCAUGUCCUCUGCCAGACCAGCUAUGGAUUCCACACUGCCCAGCAUAGAUGAAGGACUUACAAAGAACGACUGUAAUAAGCAGAUUAGAUGUGUUUCUCUUGACCCUCGCAAUCUCUAUGUGAAGUGUAGGGACCAGGAAGAUUUGGAUGAAGAAUAUCACAUUAAACUGGAAAAUAAUAGAAGAGCUGUGGAAGAAAAAGCAUCGAAGAAUAGAGCAAAAAGACAAAGAAAAAAGGAAAACCAGAAAUUCAAAAGACAGAAGAAAAAUGUCAAGGAAAAAACUGAAAGUUCCUCAUCAGAGAGCAGUGAGGAAGAAGAGCCCAAGUGUCCAGAUGAUGGAAACAGGAUCAAAACACCAGUUACCACGUGUCACAAGGAAGCAGACUGAACUUUUAAUCAUUUUUACAAAAUAAAAAAAACUGAAAGAACUGAAAAAAAAAAGUGCUGAGCAAUUUGUAUAAAAUAAACAAUGUGGAGUAAAUAGAUGACACUUAGUUUCACUUUGUAGGUAUGUAUAAAUUUCCUUAAAUUUAUUUUCCUGCUUCAAGUAUUCUUUUGUGUUAUAGCGUUGAAGUUAUCAUAUACAGUGGUACCUCAAGAUACGAGUUUAAUUUGUUUCAUGACAGAGCUCAUAUCUCAAAACAAUUUUUCAAACUGAAAUGCCGUUAAUCCAUUUCAGCCUCCUCAAAAAUAGCACCCCAAUUUUUUUUACAUGUUUUUAGAUAAAAACUGGUAUUUAUAAAUAAUAAUUAUUGUAUAGAAACAAAAUAAAACGACAAAGGAGAAUAGAAAUAGAUGAACUACUCUUAUAGAGUAUAUUUAUUUCAGAGCGGUGCAUUCCACAGAACAUUAUCCUAACACAUCCCCACCCUCAAUUGUGUUUGUCGAUCAGCUGGAGUGUGUUCAAAUAUAGCCACUCACAGAAGACUGACUACUCUAAUAGUUACAGAAUGGCUCAUUGAUGACUCUGUAAACAUUGUUCAUAGAAUAAAUGUAAUUUUAAGUAAGCAAGAGAGGGAGAGAGAACAAGAGGAGAUAGAGGCCGUGCCACCAUAGCCGUAAAGGUUUUUUUACAUAUUUUCUCCCCUCGGUGAUAAGCGUCAGUGGAGGAAGUAGGCGGAGAAGGGAGAAAUUUGUUUCACCUUUUCAGUUACGUACACAUGCAGACUUUCAUCAAUGGAUAAAAAUAUGUAGAAUAAAAAUUAAAGUUUACUUAGUGUUCUUACCUUGGAGGCAGACAUUUUCAGCUAAUGGUAGUAAAUGACAGCGAAGGAGGAGGUGGGAGGAAGGGAUGCAGACACCAUUCACACGUUAACAUUAAACAUAAAUUCAAACUGCACUUUCUAUAAGCAAAAAAAAAAAGUAAGUAAAUAGUGUGAAAAUGAUGAGAGAACAAUCACAGUGCAUGAAAUCAAUAGGAAACACAUAGAUAUUGAUAUUAGCUCAGCUGAGGCUGGACCAGUUCAUUGAUCCGCUGACCAGCGGCAACAUCCCAAAGCAGGAAUCGUACCAAAAUUUAACUCAUAUCACAAAAAAAAAAAAAAAAAAAAGACUAAAUCAUAGCUUGUAUCUCAAAGAACUUGUAUCUCAGGUAGUUCAUAUCUCAAGAUACCACUGUAUAUUUAUUUCAAUAAGUUGACACAUUAUUUUAUGAAUUUAUUGUGUGUGUCUUAUUGCAAAGUUGUAUGGGUUAGGUACUUCAGGUGAUUGAGUAAGGCUGCAGUCUGCUAUUACAUUGGCAUGUGUCAUGUUAAUUGUAAAUUUACCAACACCAACUAACCUUUUUUAAUUUUUCUCCAUUUCCCAUUAUAGGAGUUAGCUGAAAUUGAAGUCUGUGUAAGUGAAUAGCUUGGUUCAUUAAAAAGAAAAUUUAAUUUGUGCCAGCCUGUAAUAGUUUUUAUGUAAUUAUUUAUUGAAGUUGAAAUUAUUUUAGUAGUGUUGGGUGUAGGUCUCAUGGCUUCUGGGAAUGAGUGCAUAUCAGCAGAUUAGCUGUCUGCCUACCUCACCUGUUAUUUGUCAUUUGGUAAGCAAAGUGUAGUUAUAGAACACAUUUCUUGUGAGAGCUGUUAAUGUAAUUUUGCUUUUAUAAAU